GCCAAGUUCUUCAUCAUGAGCACCGACGAAAUGACAACAGCUGUGGUGGCAAAACCAAAGCCAGUAAAAAAGCUUAAGCCUGCGAGGAAGCAAGUCAAAGCAGGAGAUGUGGAGAGGAAGGAGACCCCUCAGACGGGGAAGGAAUAUAAUAUCUGGUACAACAAGUGGGCUGGAGGCGACCGCGAAGAUAACUACUCCAACAAAGUAAAAUCACAAACUCGGUGCAACAUCAAGAAGGACUCAGGCCUGACAAGAGCAAACACAACUGGGAUUCGUUAUUGUUGUCUAUUCUAUGCUCGUGGGUGCUGCCCAUACGGAUGGGAGUGCGACUACCUUCACACUCUCCCCGACCCCGACAAUGCAUUACCUGAUUCGAGUAAAGACUGUUUCGCUAGAGACAAAUUCUCGGACUACAGAGAUGACAUGGGCGGUGUUGGUAGUUUCAACCGACAAAAUCGAACGCUGUACGUCGGUAGAAUCAAGGAGACCGGUCCAGGUCCGGAGACAGAAGAGAUAGUUACGAGACACUUCAAAGAGUGGGGCGAAAUUGAACGCAUCCGAGUGCUACAGUACCGUAGUGUCGCGUUCGUGACAUAUGUCUCAGAGUUCGGCGCACAGUUUGCGAAAGAGGCCAUGGCGUGUCAAUCUCUCGACAAUGACGAAAUUUUGAACGUUCGAUGGGCCACCGAGGAUCCGAAUCCAGUGCAGAAGGUGGCAGAAAAGCGGCGGCUGGAGGAGAUCGGGCAGGAAGCUAUCAAGGCGCGGAUGGACCCUCGUAUUGUCGAUGCCAUGCGAGCUGUCCGUGCAUUAGAAGAUGGGGAUAUGCUGGAUGACGAGGGAGAAGUGGUAGAUGACCCGGAAUCUGGCGCGAUUGAGGACCCAGAGCCAAAACGGCGGCGAAUCGACCUGCCGCCGCCACAAGAAGCGACGGCACCUCAGCCCCUUGGUCUGCUGUCUGCCGACACAAUGGAAGGUCUCAAGUACUUCGCCGAAAUAAGAAAACGGAACGGCGUCUCGCUAGCUAUCAUAAAUCCCAAGACAAUGCCUCCGAAACCAUUGACUUCAGGGCUGGGAGUGGCGGACUACGGGAGUGACGAGGAAGAUUGACGAGUUCAGACUCGGUAUCUUGACUGAUUUCCGGCCUUGCCAACUGUCCUUUAUCUAGUAAUUUUCCACACGCUAGAACACCGCCCAGGUUCUUCUAAUUGAUAACUCGAGCGUGAUGCAUUGAUGAGCGCUCCGGCGUUUCCGCAUAUAAAUUGUAACUUGCCAACCCAUUAACACGGUGAAAACCUUCCUUUGCUCCACUCUAGAAAAUGUAAAGACAUACA